GUCGUUCGGUGAACAUUAUUUUCGCUAAUGUUCGGAUAUAACGGGAGUUUAUAAAAAUAUUAUCUUAUCUUUGAGCAUAAAUAAAACAAAAAAGGAGAAGAAAAAUUAUUAUUUUUUCUUUUGCUCGAUUUUUUCUAAAUGUGUUGGAAAAGUUUUUAAUUCCAUAAGUUUAUGACAAAAGUUUAACAAUUCAUUUUGUAAUUAGGACUGAUUUUGUGGAUAAAUAAAAAAAAAUAACGGUUAUUAAAAAUUGAAUAUUACAGUUAUUGUUUUAUUUUUUUUGUUUAAAUAAACAUAAAAGUUUAUUGUACAAAAUUGAAAAAUAAGGAAAUUUAUGUAUAAACUUGAAGUGUUUUGUAGUUUUUUGAAAACAUAGGACUGAGUUUAAAAAUUUUGUUCGGAAAAUUUUAAACUUGGUUUGUUAAUUUCUAUUCAGAAAAUUGUACUUUUCAUAUUAAUUAAUUAAUGAAAUUAAAACAUCAAUUAUCUAAAAAAAAAAAUCAAAAUAAUAUUGUGGGAGCAAAUUCAUUAAUGACUUACAAAUUGAUUGUUAAAAUAAUUUAAAAAUAAUUAAUUAAUAUUUGAUGAAAGAACGUUAUCUAAAAAAUUAAAAAAAGAUAAAUCAAUUUCGCUCACAAUCAAAUCUCAAUAAAUUCUGACAAAUUGUGAAAAAAACUCAAAAUAAAUAAAAUUAAAAUAUAAGUAAAAAUAAAGAAAACUUUAAUAUUCAUAAAUUAAAGAUAUAAGGACAAAAAAAAAAUUAAAAACUGAAAAUAAAUAGCAAAAAAAAAACGAACACAGACGGGAAAGGAUUUACAUAAUUUUAUGAAUUUUAUGCAAGGAUUUACAUGAUUUAAAAUUGGUUUAACGUACCUAUGUACCUACCUACCCACCUAUCUACUCAUACUUCUUUUGUUUUUUUUUAUUGUUGUCAGAGUACCUCUUUUAAUUUUUUUUUUAUUAUUAAUACACCUGAUGUGUUACAGAAUAACUGAAUGUAAAUUGAAUUGAAAAAAAAAAUAUAGAAAGAAAAGAAAAUAAAAUAUUAACAAACAAAGCAAAAAAUUAUAUUAUCAGAAAAGGGUUAAUAAAUCCAAAGUUACAUUACUUUGCAUGACAUUCUCACUCAAAAAAAAAUUUAUAUAUAUACGUUUAAGUGUAUGUAAAAAGCUUUAUAAUAUAAUAAAACAAUAACAAUAAACUGUAUAAUAAAAAUAAUAAAAAAAUAUAAGUAUAUAUAAAAAUCGAAUAACGAAACUCGCAAAAGGAGUGAAAUAACGGGAUUUGAAAAUUACAGGUUUACCAUAAUCGGAUUUCGUGGGGAUUUUAUUUUAUGAUAUUAUAAGUAAAGUGCACAUAUUAUAUAUAACAUACAUUUUAUAUUGUUAUAUUUAAGUGUAUAACAAUAAUAAACUAUAUACAUAAUAGUAAAAUCAAAAUAUAUUAUUUUUUCAUAUAUAAGAAAUAAUUGAAAGAUGCAUGUUAAUAAUAUUAUAAAGUUCUUCAAAAUGUAUGGAACAAACUAAACAACAAAAAUGUUAAAUUUUGAAGUUUUAUAAAACCAAAUAAGAAACAAAUUAAAAAAAACUCAAAAUUUAUAAAAAAAAAUUAACAAGAAAAAGUUCAAAAAUUGCAAUUAAUGAAAGUUUUAAAAGGAGAUUAAAUUAAAUUUCCUCCCUUUCUCCUCUAUUUCUAUCCCUUCAUAAUUUUGGUGUAAAACCAAUCCCUUUUAUAAAUUACAAAAAUUUAAACAUUUAGUAUGGAGGAAGAACUUCGAUGUCCGAAUUGUAAGCAGUUAUAUGCAAAUCCAGUUCUUUUGCCCUGUUUUCAUGCUCUUUGUUUAUCGUGUGCAUUAGAAUUACAAAUAGCAGCUGCAUCAGCUGCCCAACAAGCAACAAAUUUAGCACAACAACAUCAGCAACAACAACAACAGCAACAACAACAAAAUCUUUCAUCUACACAUCAACAACAAAUAAAUCAAUUAACAACCGGUGUAGCUGGUUUAACAACAAACGGUUCAAUACAUUCACAUUUAAGUAGUGUACAUCAUACAGGGCAUCAUAAUCAUUCACAUCAUUCAGUAACAUUAAGUGGAUCACAUCAUCCAUCAUCAUCGGCUGCAUCAACAGCUAGCUCAUCAGCAAGUACAAGUGGUAACGAAAGUGUAUCAUCUGAUCAGGAUCAAGCCGAUAAAGUUAGUAUAUUAUCUGAAGCUGAUUCUGGUGUUAUUUGUUGUACAUCAAGACCCGGUUCAUACGCUGGUACACCAAAUCUACAAGCAUUAUUAUUUCCAGCAUCAUCUGGUAUAACUGGUAUUAGUACAGGUUUAUUACCACCAUCAACAACAUCAAAUACUGGUAAUACAACUGUACCAAUAAUACCACCACCAGGAGCUGUAUUAGCAUUAAUUUGUCCAUUAUCAAUUUGUCGGAAAAUUGUAUUCUUUGACGAAGGUGGUGUACGUAAUUUACCACCAUAUAGGGCAAUGGAAUCAAUUGUUGAUCGUUUUUGUGCUCGUGAAGCUCUUAAAUGUCAAAUGUGUGAAACAGAACCAAAAGUUGCAUCAUUAGUAUGUGAACAAUGUGAAAUACGUUAUUGUGAUGGAUGCCGUGAAUUAUGUCAUCCACCAAGAGGUCCAUUGGCAAAACAUAAUUUAGUUAAACCGAAAGGUAAUGCCCAAAUACGUGAAUCCGUGUGUAAUGAUCAUGGUGAAACAUUAAAUUUAUUCUGUUUGGGAUGUAAAAUACCUGCAUGCAGUCAAUGUGUUAGUGACAAUCGACAUCAGUCUCAUGAUUUACAACCAAUUCAACAGAUGUGUAAAGCUCAAAAGGUAAGAAUAACAGAGAAAAAUCAUAUGGAUGAGAAGAGAAUUGUCAAGUAUAGAAUUGUCAAUAUACACAUAAUAUAGAAUAUGAACUUAAAUAAUAUUUUUGCGAAGACCUAUAAUGCAAUGCUGAUGAUAUGGUAUGUGUGUAUAAUUCAUAUAGCUAUGCAACAAAAUAUAUUUUGAAUAACAGAAGUGGCAUAAAAAGUACCUAGAUGCCAAGUAAUUUAAUU